AUGGCAGAUGUUAAUGUGUUGGAUUCCGAAAUUUUCACGUUCCAGGCGGAGGUCAACCAACUCCUCAGCCUCAUCAUCAACACUUUCUACUACAACAAGGAUAUCUUCCUUCGCGAACUCAUCAGCAAUGCCUCCGACGCUUUGGAUAGAAUUCGAUUCGAGAGCCUCACCGACAAGAGCAAGCUGGACUCUCAACCAGAGCUUUUCAUUAGAUUGGUGCCUGACAAUGUUAACAAGACUCUCUCAAUCAUUGACAGUGGUGGCGGCAUGACCAAAUCAGAUUUGGUGAGCAAUUUGGGAACCAUUGCGCGCUCUGGUACCAAGCAAUUCAUGGAGGCCUUGCAGGCUGGGGCUGACGUCAGCAUGAUUGGUCAAUUCGGUGUUGGUUUCUACUCUGCUUACCUUGUCGCCGACAUGGUCGCUGUGACCACAAAGAACAACGACGACGAGCAGUACAUAUGGGAAUCACAGGCCGGUGGAACCUUCUCCGUUACCAGGGAUGUCAAUGGCGAACAACUCGGAAGAGGAACUAAAAUCACCUUGUUCCUCAAGGAGGAUCAGUUGGACUACUUGGAGGAAAGGAGGAUUAAGGAUCUUGUGAAGAAACACUCUGAAUUCAUUAGCUAUCCAAUCUACCUCUGGACUCAGAAUACGAUCGAGAAAGAGAUUAGUGAUGACGACGAAGAUGAUGAGAGCAAUAAGGGGGAAGAAGGGGACGUUGAGAAAGUUGAUGAAGAUAAGGAGAAACAGGGCAAGAAGAAGAAGAAGAUUCAUGAGGUUUCUUAUGAGUGGCAACUCAUUAACAAGCAGAAACCGAUUUGGAUGCGCAAACCGGAGGAGGUCACAAAGGAGGAAUACGUUUCCUUCUACAAGACCAUCACCGGUGACUGGGAUGACUACUUGGCCGUGAAGCACUUCUCAGUGGAGGGUCAGCUUGAGUUCAAGUCCAUUCUCUUUGUCCCCAGAAGAUCAUCUUUUGAUCUGUCUGAUAACAAGAAGAAUAUGAACAACAUCAAGCUUUAUGCGAGGAGGGUGUUCAUUACGGACAAUUGUGAGGAGCUCAUUCCUGAGUACCUUGGAUUUGUCAGGGGUGUGGUUGACUCUGAAGACUUGCCACUCAACAUCUCCCGUGAGAUGUUGCAAAAGAGCAAGAUUUUGAAUGUCAUGAGGAAGAACCUUGUGAAGAAGUGCAUUGAGAUAUUCUAUGAGAUCGCUGAGAACAAGGAGGAUUAUCAUAAAUUCUAUGAUGCUUUUUCGAAGAACUUGAAGCUGGGUAUCAAUGAAGAUAGUCAGAACAGAGCGAAGUUGGCUGAUUUGCUCUGGUACCACUCUACGAAGAGUGGAGAUGAGAUGACAAACCUCAAGGACUAUGUUACGAGAAUGAAGGAGGGUCAGAAGGACAUUUACUACAUCACUGGGGAGAGUAAGAAGGCUGUGGAUAACUCUCCGUUCUUGGAGAGACUCAGGAAGGAGGGCUACGAGGUGCUGUUCAUGGUGGAUGCUAUUGAUGAGUACGUUGUUGGAGAACUGAAAGAGUACGAUAGGAAGAAGUUGGUGUCUGCUACCAAGGAAGGGUUGAAGUUGGAUGAUGAAAGCGAGGAGGAGAAAAAGAAGAAAGAGGAGAAGAAGAAGUCGUUUGAGGAUCUCUGCAAGACAAUUAAGGAGAUAUUGGGAGAGAAAGUUGAGAAGGUUGUGGUCUCCGAUAGAAUUGUUGAUUCGCCAUGCUGUUUGGUGACUGCUGAAAAUGGGUGGACUGCCAACAUGGAGAGGAUCAUGAAGGCUCAGGCACUGAGAUAUAUAAGCACGAGUGAGUGCUUCUCCAGCAAGAAGACCAUGGAGAUCAACCCUGACAAUGGUAUCAUGGAGAAGUUGAGGAAGAGUGCUGAAGCUGACAAGAAUGAUAAGUCUGUGAAGGACCUUGUGCUGCUUCUCUUUGAGACGGCACUCUUGACCGCUGGUUUGAGCAUGGAUGAUCCUAACUCAUUUGCUGCUAGAAUCCACAGAAUGUUGAAGUUAGAUCUCAGCAUUGAUGAGGAGGACACUGGUGGGUACGAGGAUAUGCCCCCACGAGAGGAGGAUGGUGCGGAGGAGAGCAAGAUAGAGGAAGUUGACUAA